CCCUGCCUUACGUUUUUGCAUCAACUCAAUAUUUCUUACAAUCAUGAGUUGCCUCCAACAUGGUUGGCCCGAACCCAUAGUCCGAGUCCAAUCCUUGUCGGAAAGUGGUCUAUCCUCAAUCCCCCACCGCUACAUCAAGCCGCCGUCCCAGCGACCUUCAAUACCUUCACACCCCCAACAAGUUGAUACAGAACCACCCAACAUCCCCUUAAUAGAUAUCGCCGACCUACUCAGCGCCGCCACCAGCGGUGGUGUUAUCGAUCAUAACUCACCCAUCAUGAAUCAAAUUUCUGAAGCUUGUCGAGAGUGGGGCUUCCUACAGGUGGUGAACCAUGGUCUGAGUGUGGAGCUGAUGGAUCGAACCCUCCAACUAUGGCGCCAGUUCUUCUCUCUCCCAGUAGAAGAAAAACAAGUCUAUGCCAAUACACCAUUAACCUAUGAAGGCUAUGGUAGUAGACUUGGGGUUGAGAAGGGAGCCAUUCUUGACUGGAGUGACUAUUUCUUUCUCCAAUACCUACCCUACUCUGUUAAAGACCCUAACAAGUGGCCUAACCUCCCAACUCCCAUCAGGGAGACAAUAGAGGAGUACUGUGGGCAAUUGGUGAAGCUGUGUGGAACUUUGAUGAAGCUCUUCUCUAUUAACUUGGGUUUAGGAGAGGAUCGUCUACCUAAGGCAUUUGGAGGAGAUGAUAUUGGUGCUUGCCUGAGGGCCAACUUCUAUCCAAAGUGUCCACAACCAGACCUUACACUUGGGCUUUCUCCUCACUCUGAUCCUGGUGGUAUGACCAUUCUCCUCCCUGAUGAUCACGUCGCCGGACUUCAGGUCCGCCGUGGAGACUCUUGGGUCACCGUAAAAGUCGCUCCCGGUGCCUUAGUCGUCAACAUCGGUGAUCAGAUUCAGGUGUUGAGCAAUGCAAUAUACAAGAGUAUUGAGCAUAGGGUGAUUGUGAAUUCAGCUAAAGAUCGUUCCUCACUUGCUUUCUUCUAUAACCCAAAGAGUGAUAUGCCGAUGGAACCAUUGAAGGAACUGGUGACACUAGAUUGUCCACCUCUUUAUAAAACCAUGACAUAUGAUGAGUACAGACUAUUGAUGAGGAUGAAGGGUCCAAGUGGAAAAUCACAUGUGGAUUCACUAAAAUCCCUACAGCACAAAUAAGCUCAUCAUCUGUCAUACGCUACACAGUUUGUGUUAAUUACUACUGUAAAUCACAUAUCAAAGAAUUAUGAUUAUCCCUUUUGAACAGUUAUUUACCUGUAAAUCAUGCUUUAAAUCAUUAAUGAGGGAUAUUUACAGAUUAAUAACUAAAUUAUGUGUGUAUCAAUAAUAAUGUAAUCCCUCUAGUUAUUUGUGUUGGUGUGUAUCUUUCAUUGUGGGUAUGUGAUGAUGGCAACUGAUGGAGAAGAAGUGGAAUAAUAUAUAUAUAAGAAUAAUUAUAGUAUUAAUUGGUAAA